AUACCAACUGCAUAACUGAAUCAUACCUAGAGAGCCAAUUGCAUGUUUAUCGCAGUUUAUCGAUAGCAGAUAGGAUAAGUUGUACAUUAAGUUGUGCGUUGCGAAAGGUAUUGCCACCUUUCAGGUACUGUCACUAUUGGUGCCCCCACUUUUUAAGGAAAAGAAUCAGAAUGGGAUUAUUCGGAAAGACGCAAGAAAAAAAUCCAAAAGAUAUGGUGAACGAAUGGACCCACAAAAUUCGCAAGGAAGGCUAUCAACUCGAUCGACAAAUUCGAGCCAUACAGAGAGAAGAAGAGAAGGUGAAGAGAUCUUUAAAGGAAGCCGCAAAGAAGGGCGAUAAAGAUGUUUGUACAAUAUUGGCCAAGGAAGUUAUUAGAGCCAGAAAGGCAAUUACCAAAAUACAUACAUCAAAAGCACAUUUGAAUUCCAUUCAGCUUCAAAUGAAGAAUCAACUUGCUACCCUAAGAGUGUCUGGAUCAUUACAAAAGUCAACAGAAGUGAUGCAGGCAUUUCAGUCUUUGGUUCGUGUCCCAGAAGUGGCUGCCACAAUGAGAGAUCUGUCUCGAGAAAUGAUGCGAGCUGGCAUAGUGGAGGAGAUGCUGGAGGAGACAUUUGAGGGGCUGGAGGAUCAGGAGGAGUUGGAGGAGGAGGCGCAGGAGGAAGUGGACAAGGUUCUUUGGGAACUGACAGCAGGGCAGCUUGGACAAGCUCCUGCUGCUGUCACCGACUCACUACCACCUACUACUGUGCCUGCAUCCGCCGAACCUUCAGCCAGCAUGGACGACGUGGAGGAUGAGGAUGAGUUGGAGGAAAUGCAGAGUCGAUUGCAGGCACUGCGCAGCUAGCCCUACAACAGCCUCAUUGCCCCUCCUUCUUCCUCCUUUUUUGUGUCCCUUGUCUCUCACCCAUGCAAAUUUGAAUUACUCUGGAAUUGUUACUUUUGUUGUUAGAGAUGGGAUUGUUGGCCACUUUUUCAAUUAGUUCCUUGAAGCUAUUUGUAAAAUAUAUACAUAAGAGUAAAUAAUGUGAUGUGAGAACAACUGAAUAGGUACAGCUCUAUAACUCGAUAAUUAUUCUGAAGUGACAGAAAAACUUAAAGCAUAUGUGAAUACGAUAAAUCUGAAUGGUUAGUCUAUUUCUGAAAUUUGAAUUUUCUAAUUUAAUGAGAGUUAAUAAGAAGUGUUGAUUAACAUCAGGACAUGUUUUCGCACUGAAAUUAUUUUGACUUCACUUGUCCACAAGAUAUCUUCAUAUAUUUUUGUAAACUUUGGAUAAUAAUGAUAUAUCAGUGAAUGAUAUAAUUAACAUCUUACAUUUCAAUUUCAUGGACAAAAUAAAGCCAGGUGUUCUAAUUAACAAGUAUACUAAUGGGAAAAGUGUGCCAAUAAUUACCUUCAACAAGUUACUGCUUGCAACCAUUACAGAUUAUUUUGUGAGCACUCAUUGGACACUUGCCUUUAUGAGCUUCAGUAUUAAUUUGACUCUUCUCAUUGCUUGCAUCUUCAUUUAACUGUUAACAUAUUUUCAGAAACUCCACUUCAACUGCAUCAUUGUAGAACUUAUAAUACAACAAGCUUUGCAUUAUUAUGAGAAAUACAAUCAAAGGAAAUUAAAAUUGUACAGAAGUAUAUCAAAAGUUGUACAAAAUUUUUAAAAUAUUUAUUUGCUAAACUUGAUAUGCUUUUGUUGUAUAUGAUCUAAAGAUGUAUUUUGUACAUAGACUGCAUACUGUAAUAUAAAGACUAUUAAACACUAAAGUGUUAUUAA